GUAAGAGAGUGUGGAAAACAGCUACCCUUUAGGAUCUUAUACAAGUUCCUUUGAUCACAGAAUCUAUAUAUAUAAGAGCAUCAAAUUAGUUCUUUCUUAUUAGAAAGAGAAAAAAAAAAGAUGGAUAUAUCAGCUUCACAAUACAAUAGUGCUAGUGAAUCAGGUUGGACACAUUAUUUGGACCAAUCUUCUUCACUUGUUUCUGAGAGUUAUUUCCAAAGAAUAGAUGAAUUUGAAGGGAAAGGAGCAGGAAGAAUAAUGGAAGAGGAGGAGUUUGAAGAAGAUUUGUCAAUGGUUUCUGAUGCUUCAUCAGGUCCUCCACAUUAUGAUAAUGCAUCAUCAUGGUAUUGUGAGAAUAAUUGGUAUGCUAAUAACAAUAAUAAUACCAAAGAAUCACAGAAGAAGAAGAAGAAGAUGAUGGUCAAAGAAUUUGGAAGAAGUCAACAACAACAACAACAAUCUUCAUAUCUUGAUGACACUGCUAGCUCACCAAUCUUCAACUUUCCAAAGGAGAGUCACAAGAAGAGUUUCUCAGGGAAUGGAGCAGUGGAAGAUGCAUUGGAUUUUUCUCAGUGUUUAUCAGUAACAAGAAUAAAGAGAAAGCCUAAAUUCCAGAACCUAUUCAGAGGAAAACAAGCUUCAGAGGAACAAGGUGGUUUUGAUGAAGAAGGAAGAAAAUGAAAUGAAAAUCAUUUUGCUGUGGCUGCUGUCACUUCUGCUGCAUUGCUAUGGAAAGAGAGACCAAAAGGGGGGAUAUUGUCAAAAAAGAAAGAAAGAAAAAAUAUUCAAAUUUCAAUGUCUGUUUAAAGGGGAAAAAAAUUCCUUUAAUUUCCUCCUUUUAUUUAAUUUUUUUCUUCUUUUUUCAACAUGUUAACAAGGAAAAAGCAACCUUUGUUGUAGCUUUCACUCUUUUAUUUGAAUAUGCUUCUGUACUACACUGCCAAUGCAGUUGGGGAACAACCUAAGAGAAUAUAAGAAACUGGGUAAGGUUUCUGUCUUC